AUGGUCGGUGUAUCUUGCAACGGAAAUCUCGAAAGGCCACAAAUCGAGCCGAGCACAACCGCGCCUGCGGUCGAUACUCCUGAAGCACUUUCGGAAGGAAGGUGGUGCCGGUUGGGCAGGCCACCGCCACCGCCGGUCGUGGUGGCCGCGGCGUCUCAGGGCAAGCCGGUGCUCACGCGGCAGGAUCGGGCGACCUUCCUGGUUGCCUCGCCGCAACUGUCCGUGUCCGGGCUCGGCGGCUCCGAGGAGAGCGGCACCAACGAGGAUCCGGCUACCAGAUCGGUACCGGACAUCGAGCUUCACUGCCGGCUGGACGGCGAGCCGCAGCCACCACAGAUUCAGCAGCAACAGCAGCAACAGCCGCAGCAGCAACAGCAGCCGCAGCCGCAGCCGCAGCUCCAGCAGCCGCAGGUGCAGCAGUCGCAGUUGCAGGCGCAGCCGACAUCUUACCGGUCGUCCAGACAGUCGCAUCAGUACAGAUGCAGGUGCGACCGAAGGGAUUCCCUUGCGCCCACUUCGGCCCUUCAUUUGGCCCGCAGCGUCUCUAGGUAA